UCUUUACCACGUGAUCUGAAGUCACAGUGUGGUGUCCCUCACCUCGGCGGUAAGCACCGCUCACAAAAAUCUAAUGUUGUCUGUUGAACUCUAUCAAACACAACAACUUUCAAGACUAUUCAACAGUUAUUAACUCUCCUGCCAUUCUUCCUUCCUACUCUCUAUUGCUGAUUGAGGGGAAAUGGUAGCAAUUGGUGUAGUAGUGGUGGGGAAGUCAAACUUCUUCAUGAUGGAAAUCAAUAUUCCAAGGUGUCAUCAUCUAGAAGCACAAGGGAUAUUCUUUUCCAACAUUUUGAGGACAAAAAGAAGGGAAAAUUCUCAUAAACUUCCGUGCAAUGUAGUAGUGUCCCUGAAUUUAAGAUGGGACUUUCACAUAUUAGCCUCUUCCUGUCAAACAUUUACAGCAGUGUAUCCAAGAAGGCCAUGUUUCUGUAGAACGCAUUCUAUGGCAACUAGUUUAGAGGAAUCUGAAUCAUUACAAGGAGAUAAUCCUAACGAGGAUAUGGAUCCAUCUACAGACUCGGAAGACGAGAGAUUGCCACAGCCACUUACCAGUGAACAGAUAAAGGUAUUGCUUGCUGAUACUCAAAGAGCAAACCUCACUAAGAAGCUUAGUGAAGCCAACCAACAAAAUCGGUUCCUAAAAAGACAGUUGUAUAUAAAGGAGGAUGCAUUGGUGAAAUUUAAAAGUGAACUUGCUGUCAUAGAGCUUGAAGUUCAGGCUUUGGGCAGGCUAGCAGAAGAGAUAGCUAAAUCUGGUAUUCCAGAAGGUUCGAGGAAGAUCAAUGGAAAGUACAUUCACACUCACCUUGUUGCUAGAUUAAAAGCUGUACACGAACAAUUAAACGAGCAAAUAAAGGAUGUUGAUGCGGCACAAUCGAAGGAGGUCUCUGUGUUUUGGGCCGGCAUGGCUGAGAGUGUGCAAAUUAUGGGCAGCUUUGAUGGCUGGAGCCAAGGAGAACACCUUUCACCAGAGUAUACAGGUUCUUUUACAAGGUUCUCAACAACACUGAUGCUCAGGCCUGGAAGGUAUGAAGUCAAAUUCCUAGUAGAUGGUGAAUGGCACCUAUCAACAGAGUUACCUGUAACUGGUGAAGGGUUAACGAAAAAUAAUUUGUUAAUUGUUGAGUGAGUAAUAAUUGUUGUUUAAUCAUAAGUCCUUUUUAUAAGCUAACAAGUCUAUCUUUACCACAUAUACUAUUGUAAAUGUUAAUGAAAUGUGUUAUAUCUGUCACAUCUUUAAAUUAAUUUUGAAAAAUUGAAAUGAAAAUUAGAUCUAAAACAAAGUUGAGUUAAA